AAGAGAAACCACUUCUUGGACCACCUCUGGCUUCUUCCCGGCACACCUUGUGAAGUAUGGACACCGAUGAAGAUUAUUAUGCAUACCUCAGUGCCAUGUACAAAGACAAUGAUGAGGAGGAGUUUUUUUUAAAGUUUAGCAAAGUUUUCCUAAUCUGCAUGUACUCGUUCGCCUGCAUCUUUGGAGUAUCUGGGAACACACUGGUUCUCAUCGUUUUUGUUUUCCAUGAGAAAGUGAAGACAGUUACGGACAUAUUUUUAGUGAGCUUGGCAACAGCGGACUUGUGCUUCCUUGGUACACUGCCAUUCUGGGCAUAUUCUGCAGCUCAUGAGUGGAUCUUUGGUACUCUGGCAUGUCAAGUCAUUCGAGGCUUCUACACCUUGAAUCUGUAUGGCUCCAUGUUGACCCUCACCUGUGUAACUAUCGAGAGGUAUUUUGCAAUUGUCCAAGCCACCAAAGUCCACAUCAGCCCACUGAAGAGGACAAUCUGGGGCAAAACAAUCUGCAUAUCCCUUUGGAUCGUUUCCCUGGCAUUUGCUCUGCCACAGUUCAUAUACAGCACACAGGACAAGUAUGACAAAGUAGUGUGCCGUGCAAAUUACUCUACGCUUCAUAUGCAACAAUCCAUUGAAGUCACUCAAAUGUCUCUCGGCUUCUUCUGCCCCAUGAUUGUUAUGCUUCUUUGCUAUUUAACCAUUAUUAACACUUUGCUCAAAGCGAAGGGUUUCCGCAAACACAAGUCAGUAAAAAUAAUCUUCGCAAUUGUCCUGACGUUUAUUUGUACACAGGCACCAUACAACUUGCUGAAACUCGUCCGCGUUGUGGACCGGCAUGUCCUUCUCAGCAGCCAUUAUGAAUAUGCACUGAUCAUCACAGAAGCCGUUGCUUAUUUCCACAGCUGUCUCAACCCUGUCCUCUAUUUCUUUAUUGGAGUGAAGUUUAGGAAGAAUUUGAAGAAAAUAGUUAAAAAUAUUGGGUGUGCCAGACAUCAACAAACCACAAAGCAAUGGCAAACAACUGAAGACGACGGCUCAAAGACCUGCACUGCUUCAAACAACAUCGAAGAAACAAGCCUGCAGCCACUGUAAGAGGAACAGGCCCCAAUGUCCUGUGUGCGGCUUCAUUCCAGUCACUCAUGAAAGCCAGGGCCUCAAACCACAUCUCAAUGUUACUGUCAUGCCUAUGAAAGCUUCCUUACAUUAUGACAAGGGUAUUCAUUAACCUCACUGCAUUCCUGAUUCCAGUGCUUUGGGCAACUUCUGAGAAAGGACUGAAUUGUGCUUAAGCCUAACAGCUUCAUGAAGGACACCAAUAGGAAGAUUAAAUUGAAAUGUCUUAUUUACCUCUCUAUAUAACCCAAUGCCAGUUACAAUUGACUUUCUGACUUUAUAUAAGAAACUGCAAACCAUAUUUACAGCGUGCAUUAUUAUAGCAUGAACCUUUUAUUUUUGAAUAUGCCUACAGCAGGAAUCUUUUAAGCAUUAAACAUUAACGUUUCUGGAAAGCAAAAGUAUAGCGUGGCAUCAUGUAGCCCUUCUUGAUUUAGUUCUGUCUUCCACUGAGGACAUUUGAAUAUACAUGUAGUUGCUUAAAUACAGUCAAACUAUUUGGCAACGGAGCUCAGCAGAAACCACCAAAGCCUCAAGCAAAGGACCACUCUGCUCAACAACCCAUUUCAUGUGCCUAAAUCUACUGUGCAUUGGAUUCAGGCUAAAUUUCCUGUUAACAGAAAGUAUCUUGAGGGGGCAGGCAGAUUUCAGCGAACUCACUCCUGCUAUAGACCUCCCAUUUGCCACUCCUGCUGGUUCUGAGGUCCUCCCACCCUCCGCCAGGAGCAGAAUUUUGGAGAGAUCAAUGGGUUGCAGUGGGACGAAGGAGGCAGGAAAAGUUCUGUUCAACUGAUAGAAGUGCCUUCUGUUAACA